UUAUAAAGGGCGCGCAAUCUGCUUUAUCAUCCAGUCACUUUUGGCAGCCAAACUUGAAUAUUAUUUCAUUAUGAAGAACAAUCCCUGCUGCAAGUUAACUGUUAUUCUUGGCCUCUUCGCAGCUGCUUCAGGGUUCAGACAUGGAAAGCAAUCUGCUCCCAUCUCACACCAGAAUGGAAAUCAACUUUACCAGACAGAACCAGUGGUGUUAACAGCCUGUAAUUUCAAUGACAACACAAAACCAUUCUGCGACUGGACCCAAGCAACAGGUGAUAAUGGAGACUGGAGACGAAUAGCUGGGAAAUCUCCAACACAGGGAACAGGGCCCCCUGGAGACUAUCCGGAUGGAAACGGUUAUUACAUCUUUCAAGAAGCUGAUGACUUCAGUAAAGGUCAGUUUGUGAGGCUGGACAGUCCGACACUGGCAGUGUCUGGGGAAGUGUGUGUGGAAUUCCAGUACUACAUGUAUGGGGCAGAUUCUGAUAAUGCUCUGAAGGUAUAUCUGAAGGAUUCUUCCACUGAAAAGGAGAUAUGGAGUAAAACUGGCUUUCAGAGUCCAUCCUGGCUACAUGGAACGAUUGACCACUCAUUCAAGACCCCAACAAAUAUCAAGGUUAUCUUUGAAUCUGUUCGAGGCUCCACUGCAUCAAGUGACUCAGCUGUGGAUAAUAUCAAGAUCAGGACUGGAUCCUGCUCGGAUUGUAUUACCAGCUGCAACUUUGAUGAGUAUGAUAAUCUUUGUGGUUGGACCAAUGAACAGAAACCACCCCUGGUGCCCUUCGAUCAAUGGAAUGGACAGACAGAUACAGAGAACUCUGGACCAGAUGACGACUACUCCAAACCUGGACUUGGUUACUACAUGUUGAUGGAUUCAACUUUCACCAAUCCUCGUGACCGAUCGCACUUGAGAAGCCCAAUGGUUCAUUGCAAUGAUUGCCUGAUAUUGAGGUUCCACUAUUUCAUGUAUGGAACAGCAACUAAAAUGGAGCUAAAUGUUUAUGCAGUGAAGCAAGGAGAUAAAUUGGGCCGUCCACUCUUCUCCCUCAUUGGAAACCAAGACCAAGGCUGGAAACUGGCCAAAGCCACUUACAGAGGGAAGGCUCAGGUUCAGUUUGUUAUAGAAGCAGUCCGUGGGGAGACUCCAGAGUCUGACAUCGCAGUGGACAGUGUGUGUAUUGCAAGAUGCCAACAAGUCUCUACAACCACCAAACCACCUCUGACCAACCCACAGACCACCACAACCAAAGGAUCCCCAACUCCAGUGUCUUGCCCACCAAACUCUCAGUAUGACCCAUGUGGGGCUGGAUGCUCACCCCGAUGUGAUAGACCAACCCCAGAUUGUCCAGGCGGCUGUGUGUCCGGUGGGUGUGUCUGCAAUGAAGGAUUCUACAUGAGAGGAGACCGUUGUGUCCCUGCAGACCAGUGUGGUUGUAUUCACAAUGGCACCUACUAUCAGCCCGGGCAGGUUAUCUGGUCGGAUGCAUGCACCUCCAUUUGUGGUUGCCUUGGGAACUUCACAGUCAAAUGUAUGAACAUGAGCUGCGAGUCAGAUGAGUACUGCGGAGUGCAGGGUGGGGUCCAUGGCUGUCACCCAAAAGGUUCGUCCACCUGCACUGCAUCCGGAGACCCCCACUACACCUCCUUCGACAAGAGGAAGUUCAACUUCCAGGGCAACUGCACUUAUGUGUUGGCCAAGCCCUGUAACUCCAGUCUGACCCCGUUCACCGUGUACACGGCCAACGAGCAUCGCAACGGAGUGAAGACUGUGUCGUAUGUCAAAGCGGUUCAUGUCAGCGUCUACGGCAUCACUGUGUCAAUACUCAGGAACAGGGCCGUCCAGGUGGACGGACAGCCUGUGACCGUUCCCAUCCGCCCGCUCCCCGGAGUCACCGUCAAACCUUCGGGCAGACACGUGGUGCUGCAGACCGACUUUGGCCUGACCGUGCGCUACGAUGGCAGGCACCACGUUGACGUGAAGGUUCCUAGCGACUACUCCAGCCAGUUGUGCGGCCUAUGCGGUGACUACAACGGGAACCCGGGCGAUGAUUUCAGAACUCCUGAGGGACAGGUGGUGAAGGGAGUCAAUGACUUCGGCAACAGCUGGAACGUGAACCAGAACUGUACCUUGACAGAUACCGAGGUGACCCCACAGUGCUCUGAGGCUGAACGUGACACCUACGAAGGACCCUCCUACUGUGGGAUGUUGUUAGAUCAUCUUGGCCCAUUUGCUGCCUGUCACUACAAGAUUGACCCAAUGGCCUUCUUCCAGGACUGUGUGUACGACAUGUGCGCACUGGACGGCAACAAGCAGCAGCUGUGCGAGGCCCUGGAAUCUUAUGUCACUCAGUGUCAGCAACGCAACGUCACUAUUGAGCCCUGGAGAAAUGAAACCUUCUGCCCUGUCCAGUGCCCGGCCAACAGUCACUACCAGCCCUGUGCCUCAGCCUGUCCAGCCACCUGCCUUGAGCCUCGUCCUCAGCUCUGUGACCAGCCGUGUGCCGAGGGCUGUCAGUGUGACAAAGGCUUUGUGCAGAGUGGAGACAAGUGUGUCUCAAGAGACCAGUGUGGCUGUAUGUACAAUGGAACCUAUUACCAGCCUGGGGAGGUGAUCUGGUCUGAGGCCUGUAACCAGGUGUGUAAGUGCCUGUCCAGCAACAAUAUCCAGUGCACGGACACCAGCUGUGGCCCUGACGAGUACUGUGACAACAAGGGUGGUGUCCAGGGCUGUUAUCCUAAAGGUUCAUCCACCUGCACCAUAUCUGGAGAUCCCCACUACACCUCCUUUGACAAGAGGAAGUUCAACUUCCAGGGCAACUGCACUUACGUGUUGGCCAAGCCCUGUAACUCCAGUCUGACCCUGUUCACCGUGUACACGGCCAACGAGCAUCGCAACGGAGUGAAGACUGUGUCGUAUGUCAAAGCGGUUCACAUCGGUGUCUACGAUAUCACUGUGUCAAUACUCAGGAACAGGGCCGUCCAGGUGAAUGGAGAGCCUGUGACCAUUCCCAUCCACCCGAUCCAUGGAGUCACCAUCAAGCCUUCUGGCAGAUACGUGGUGCUGCAGACAGAUUUUCGUCUGACGGUUCGCUAUGACGGCAGGCACCACGUUGAUGUGAAAGUUACCAGCGACUACUCCGGUCAGUUGUGCGGCCUGUGCGGUGACUACAACGGGAUCCCCGGCGAUGAUUUCAGAACUCCGGAGGGACAGGUGGUGAAGAGAGUCAACGACUUCGGCAACAGUUGGAACGUGGACCAGAACUGUACCUUGACAGAUACCGAGGUGACCCCACAGUGCUCUGAGGCUGAACGUGACACCUACAAAGGACCCUCCUACUGUGGGAUGUUGUUAGAUCAUCUUGGCCCAUUUGCUGCCUGUCACUACAAGAUUGACCCAAUGGCCUUCUUCCAGGACUGUGUGUACGACAUGUGCGCACUGGACGGCAACAAGCAGCAGCUGUGCGAGGCCCUGGAAUCUUAUGUCACUCAGUGUCAGCAACGCAACAUCACUAUUGAGCCCUGGAGAAAUGAAACCUUCUGCCCUCUCCAGUGCCCGGCCAACAGUCACUACCAGCCCUGUGCCUCAGCCUGUCCAGCCACCUGCCUUGAGCCUGGUCCUCAGCUCUGUGACCAGCCGUGUGCCGAGGGCUGUCAGUGUGACAAAGGCUUUGUGCAGAGCGGAGACAAGUGUGUCUUGAGAGAUCAGUGUGGCUGUAUGUACAAUGGAACCUAUUACCAGCCUGGGGAGAUGAUCUGGUCUGAGGCCUGUAACCAGGUGUGUAAGUGCCUGUCCAGCAACAAUAUCCAGUGCACGGACACCAGCUGUGGCCCCGACGAGUACUGUGACAACAAGGGUGGUGUCCAGGGCUGUUAUCCUAAAGGUUCAUCCACCUGCACCGCAUCUGGAGACCCCCACUACACCUCCUUUGACAAGAGGAAGUUCAACUUCCAGGGCAACUGCACUUACGUGUUGGCCAAGACUUGUAACUCCAGUCUGACCCUGUUCACCGUGUACACGGCCAACGAGCAUCGCAAUGGAGUGAAGACUGUGUCGUAUGUCAAAGCGGUUCACAUCGGUGUCUACGACAUCACUGUGUCAAUACUCAGGAACAGGGCCGUCCAGGUGAAUGGAGAGCCUGUGACCAUUCCCAUCCAGCCGAUCCCUGGCGUCACCAUCAAGCCUUCUGGCAGAUAUGUGGUGCUGCAGACAGAUUUUGGUCUGACAGUUCGCUAUGAUGGCAGACACCAUGUCAAUGUCAAAGUUACCAGCGACUACUCCGGUCAGUUGUGCGGCCUGUGCGGUGACUACAACGGGAUCCCCAGCGAUGAUUUCAGAACUCCCGAGGGACAGGUGGUGAAGGGAGUCAACGACUUCGGCAACAGUUGGAACGUGGACCAGAACUGUACCUUGACAGAUACUGAGGUGACCCCACAGUGCUCUGAGGCUGAACGUGACACCUACGAAGGACCCUCCUACUGUGGGAUGUUGUUAGAUCAUCUUGGCCCAUUCACUGCCUGUCACUACAAGAUUGACCCAAUGGCCUUCUUCCAGGACUGUGUGUACGACAUGUGCGCACUGGACGGCAACAAGCAGCAGCUGUGCGAGGCCCUGGAAUCUUAUGUCACUCAGUGUCAGCAACGCAACGUCACUAUUGAGCCCUGGAGAAAUGAAACCUUCUGCCCUCUCCAGUGCCCGGCCAACAGUCACUACCAGCCCUGUGCCUCAGCCUGUCCAGCCACCUGCCUUGAGCCUCGUCCUCAGCUCUGUGACCAGCCGUGUGCUGAGGGCUGUCAGUGUGACAAAGGCUUUGUGCAGAGCGGAGACAAGUGUGUCUCGAGAAGUCAGUGUGGCUGUAUGUACAAUGGAACCUAUUACCAGCCUGGGGAAGUGAUCUGGUCUGAGGCCUGUAACCAGGUGUGUAAGUGCCUGUCCAGCAACAACGUCCAGUGCACGGACACCAGCUGUGCCCCCGACGAGUACUGUGACAACAAGGGUGGUGUCCAGGGCUGUUAUCCCAAAGACUCGUCCACCUGCACCGCAUCCGGAGACCCCCACUACACCUCCUUUGACAAGAGGAAGUUCAACUUCCAGGGCAACUGCACUUACGUGUUGGCCAAGACUUGUAACUCCAGCCUGACUCCGUUCACUGUGUACACGGCCAACGAGCAUCGCAACCGGGUGAAGACUGUGUCGUAUGUCAAAGCGGUUCAUGUCAGCGUCUACGGCAUCACUGUGUCAAUACUCAGGAACAGGGCCGUCCAGGUGGAUGGAGAGCCUGUGACUAUUCCCAUCCGCCCUCUCCCUGGAGUCACCAUCAAACCUUCAGGCAAACACGUGGUGCUGCAAACGGACUUUGGAGUGACUGUACGUUACGAUGGCAGACACCACGUCAAUGUGAAAGUUCCCAGCGACUACUCCGGGCAGUUGUGCGGCCUGUGCGGUGACUACAAUGGGAUCCCCAGCGAUGAUUUCAGAACUCCCGAGGGACAGGUGGUGAAGGGAGUCAACGACUUUGGCAACAGUUGGAACGUGGACCAGAACUGUACCUUGACUGACACCGAGGUGACUCCACAGUGUCCUGAAGAUGAUCUUCAGAUGUAUGAAGGACCCUCGUACUGCAGGAUACUCUCAGAUCGUUUCGGCCCAUUCACUGCCUGUCACUACAAGAUUGAUCCCAUGGCCUUCUUCAGGGACUGUGUGUACGACAUGUGUGCGAUGGACGGCAACAAGCAGCAGCUCUGUGAAGCCAUCGAGGCCUAUGUCACCCAGUGUCAGCAACACAACGUCACCAUUCAACCCUGGAGGAACGAAACCUUCUGCCCUCUCCGGUGCCCGCCGAACAGUCACUACCAGCCCUGUGCCUCAGCCUGUCCAGCCACCUGCCUUGAGCCUGGUCCUCAGCUCUGUGACCAGCCGUGUGCCGAGGGCUGUCAGUGUGACAAAGGCUUUGUUCAGAGCGGAGACAAGUGUGUCCCGAGAAAUCAGUGUGGCUGUGUGUACAAUGGAACUGAUUACCAGCCUGGGGAGGUGAUCUGGUCUGAGGCCUGUAACCAGGUGUGUAAGUGCCUGUCCAGCAACAACGUCCAGUGCACGGACACCGGCUGUGGCCCCUACGAGUACUGUGACAACAAGGGUGGUGUCCAGGGCUGUUAUCCUAAAGACUCGUCCACCUGUACCGCAUCUGGAGACCCCCACUACACCUCCUUCGACAAGAGGAAGUUCAACUUCCAGGGCAACUGCACUUAUGUGUUGGCCAAGCCCUGUAACUCCAGUCUGACCCCAUUCACUGUGUACACGGCCAACGAGCAUCGCAAUGGAGUGAAGACAGUGUCAUAUGUCAAAGCAGUUCACGUCAGUGUCUACGGCAUCACGGUGUCAAUACUCAGGAACAGGGCUGUCCAGGUGGACGGAGAGCCUGUGACCGUUCCCAUCUGCCCGCUCCCCGGAGUCACCGUCAAACCUGUGGGCAGACACGUGGUGCUGCAGACCAACUUCGGCCUGACCGUGCGCUACAACGGCAGACACCACGUCGAUGUGAAAGUUCCCAGCGACUACUCCAGCCAGUUGUGCGGCCUGUGCGGUGACUACAACGGGAUCCCGGGCGAUGAUUUCAGAACUCCCGAGGGACAGGUGGUGAAGGGAGUCAAUGACUUUGGCAACAGCUGGAACGUGGACCAGAACUGUACCUCGACUGACACCGAGGUGGCACCGCAGUGCUCCGAAGCCGAGCAUGAAAAGUACGAAGGACCCUUGUACUGCGGGAUGCUGUUAGAUCGUUUCGGCCCAUUCGCUGCCUGUCACUACAAGAUUGACCCCAUGGCCUUCUUCAAGGACUGUGUGUACGACAUGUGUGCGAUGGACGGCAACAAGCAGCAGCUCUGUGAAGCCAUCGAGGCCUAUGUCACCCAGUGUCAGCAACACAACGUCACCAUUCAAACCUGGAGGAGCGAAACCUUCUGCCCUCUCCGGUGCCCGCCGAACAGUCACUACCAGCCCUGUGCCUCAGCCUGUCCAGCCACCUGCCUUGAGCCUGGUCCUCAGCUCUGUGACCAGCUGUGUGCCGAGGGCUGUCAGUGUGACAAAGGCUUUGUGCAGAGCGGAGACAAGUGUGUCUCAAGAGACCAGUGUGGCUGUGUGUACAAUGGAACCUAUUACCAGCCUGGGGAGAUCAUCUGGUCUGAGGCCUGUAACCAGGUGUGUAAGUGUCUGUCCAGCAACAACGUCCAGUGCACGGACACCAGCUGUGGCCCCGACGAGUACUGUGACAACAAGGGUGGUGUCCAGGGCUGUUAUCCUAAAGACUCGUCCACCUGCACCGCAUCCGGAGACCCCCACUACACCUCCUUCGACAAGAGGAAGUUCAACUUCCAGGGUAACUGCACUUACGUAUUGGCCAAGCCCUGUAACUCCAGCCUGACCCCGUUCACCGUGUAUACGGCUAAUGAACAUCGCAAUGGAGUGAAGACAGUGUCAUAUGUCAAAGCGGUUCACGUCAGUGUCUAUGGCAUCACUGUGUCAAUACUCAGGAACAAGGCCGUCCAGGUGGACGGAGAGCCAGUGACCGUUCCCAUCCGCCCGCUCCCCGGAGUCACCGUCAAACCUUCAGGCAGACACGUGGUGCUGCAGACCAACUUUGGCCUGACCGUGCGCUACGAUGGCAGGCACCACGCCAACGUGAAAGUUCCCAGCGACUACUCCGGCCAGUUGUGCGGCCUGUGCGGUGACUACAACGGGAUCCCGGGCGAUGAUUUCAGAACUCCUGAGGGACAGGUGGUGAAGGGAGUCAACGACUUCGGCAACAGCUGGAACGUGGACCAGAACUGUACCUCGACUGACACCGAGGUGGCACCUCAGUGCUCCGAAGCCGAGCGUGAAAAGUACGAAGGACCCUCGUACUGUGGGAUGCUGUUAGAUCGUUUCGGCCCAUUCGCUGCCUGUCACUACAAGAUUGACCCCAUGGCCUUCUUCAGGGACUGUGUGUACGACAUGUGUGCGAUGGACGGCAACAAGCAGCAGCUCUGUGAAGCCAUCGAGGCCUAUGUCACUCAGUGUCAGCAACACAACAUCACCAUUCAACCCUGGAGGAACGAAACCUUCUGCCCUCUCCAGUGCCCAGCCAACAGUCACUACCAGCCCUGUGCCUCAGCCUGUCCAGCCACCUGCCUUGAGCCUUGUCCUCAGCUCUGUGACCAGCCGUGUGCCGAGGGCUGUCAGUGUGACAAAGGCUUUGUGCAGAGCGGAGACAAGUGUGUCUCGAGAACUCAGUGCGGCUGUGUGUACAAUGGAACCUAUUACCAGCCUGGGGAGGUGAUCUGGUCUGAGGCCUGUAACCAGGUGUGUAAAUGCCUGUCCAGCAACAACAUCCAGUGCACGGACACCAGCUGCGACCCCGAUGAAUACUGCGACAACAAGGGUGGUGUCCAGGGCUGUUAUCCUAAAGACUCGUCCACCUGCACUGCAUCUGGAGACCCCCACUACACCUCCUUCGACAAGAGGAAGUUCAACUUCCAGGGCAACUGCACUUACGUGUUGGCCAAGCCCUGUAACUCCAGUCUGACCCCAUUCACCGUGUACACGGCUAACGAGCAUCGCAAUGGAGUGAAGACAGUGUCAUAUGUCAAAGCGGUUCAUGUCAGCGUCUACGGCAUCACGGUGUCAAUACUCAGGAACAGGGCCGUCCAGGUGGACAGAGAGCCAGUGACUGUUCCCAUCCGCCCACUCCCCGGAGUCACCGUCAAACCUUCUGGCAAGCAUGUGGUGCUGCAGACCGACUUCGGCCUGACUGUGCGCUACGAUGGCAGGCACCAUGUCGACGUGAAAGUUCCCAGCGACUACUCCGGCCAGUUGUGCGGCCUGUGCGGUGACUACAACGGGAUCCCCAGCGAUGAUUUCAGAACUCCCGAGGGACAGGUGAUGAAGGGAGUCAAUGACUUCGGCAACAGUUGGAACGUGGACCAGAACUGCACCCUGACAGACGCAGAUGUGAUCCCACAGUGUUCUGAAGCUGACCUUGAAAAGUACAAAGGGCCCUCCUACUGUGGAAUACUGUUAGAUCGUUUUGGCCCAUUUGUUGCUUGUCACUGCAAGAUUGACCCCAUGGCCUUCUUCAAGGACUGUGUGUACGACAUGUGUGCGAUGGACGGCAACAAGCAGCAGCUAUGUGAAGCCAUUGAGGCCUAUGUCACCCAGUGUCAGCAGCACAGCAUCACCAUUCAACCCUGGAGGAACGAAACCUUCUGCCCUCUCCAGUGCCCGUCAAACAGUCACUACCAGCCCUGUGCCUCAGCCUGUCCAGCCACCUGCCUUGAGCCUCGUCCUCAGCUCUGUGACCAGCCGUGUGCCGAGGGCUGUCAGUGUGACAAAGGCUUUGUGCAGAGCGGAGACAAGUGUGUCUCGAGAGAUCAGUGCGGCUGUGUGUACAAUGGAACCUAUUACCAGCCUGGGGAUGUGAUCUGGUCUGAGGCCUGUAACCAGGUGUGUAAGUGCCUGUCCAGCAACAACGUCCAGUGCACGGACACCAGCUGUGGCCCCGACGAGUACUGUGACAACAAGGGUGGUGUCCAGGGCUGUUAUCCUAAAGGCUCAUCCACCUGCACCGCAUCCGGAGACCCCCACUACACCUCCUUCGACAAGAGGAAGUUCAACUUCCAGGGCAACUGCACUUACGUGUUGGCCAAGCCCUGUAACUCCAGUCUGACCCCGUUCACCGUGUACACGGCCAACGAGCAUCGCAACGGAGUGAAGACAGUGUCAUAUGUCAAAGCGGUUCAUGUCAGCGUCUACGGCAUCACCGUGUCAGUGCUCAGGAACAAGAUUGUCCAGGUUGAUGGAAAGACGGUCACUGUUCCUCAUCAUCCGGUCACCGGACUGUCAGUCAAAUUAUCUGGCAAGCAUAUUAUUAUAGAAACAGACUUUGGUCUGACUGUGAGAUACGAUGGCAGGCACCACGCAGAAGUUAAGGUUCUGAGAAGCUAUGCUGGCCAGCUAUGUGGUUUGUGUGGUGACUACAACGGAAUCCCCAGUGACGACUUCAGGACUCCUGAGGGUCAGAUCGUGAAGAAUGUCAAUGACUUUGGCAACAGCUGGAAUGUGGAUAAGAACUGCAGCAACACUGAGAUUGAAGUGACUCCUGACUGCACCGAAGAUGAGGAAGAAAUAUAUAAAGGACCCGCCUACUGCGCAUUACUGUUGGAUUCUCAUGGUCCAUUUGCGGCCUGCCACUACAAGAUUGAUCCCAUGGCCGUUUUCAGAGACUGUGUGUAUGACAUGUGUGCAAUGGAUGGCAACAAACAGCAGCUGUGUGAAGCCCUGGAGGCCUACGUCAACCAGUGUCAGCAACGCAACAUCUCCAUUCAACCCUGGAGGAAUGAAAGCUUCUGCCCUCUUCAUUGUCCAGUGAAUAGUUAUUAUGAGCCUUGUGGAUCUGCCUGUCCAGCCAGCUGCCUUGACCUUCAACCUCCAACAUGCAAUGCACCAUGUCUCGAGGGGUGUCAUUGCAAGAAGGGGUUUCUGCAGAGUGGGUCCCAAUGUGUCCCUGAAGAUCAGUGUGGCUGCUCCUACAAUGGGAUUUAUUAUCAGCCUGGUGCUGAUUUCUUUGGGCCUGACUGCUCACUGAAGUGCAAGUGCCAUGGUAACAACAGCACGACCUGUGAAGCCUGGAAGUGUGGAGAGAAGGAAUUCUGUGGGAUAUCUAAUGGCCACUAUGGCUGCCACCCAACAGGUUCUGGAAUUUGUCACAUCUCUGGAGACCCUCACUAUAUCACCUUUGAUGGAAAAUCCCUGUCCUUUAUGGGUACCUGUACCUACACCUUGGCCAGGUCAUGUGAAAAUCGGACAGGCCCUUGGUUUUCCAUUGAAGGGAAAAAUGAGGAGAGAGGUCAGAAGGGAGUCUCCUACCUAAGAAAGAUUUACCUCACAACAAAUGGGAUAACUAUCACCCUCAUGAAGAGCAGGAGGACAUUGGUGAACGGCAGGAGAGUGCGCCUCCCAUUCCAGUCUUCGCAUGGCUUCACCAUCUCUUUCAGUGGACAGUAUGUGGUAGUGGAGACAAACUUCCAGUUGACACUUAGCUGGGAUGGAAACCACUAUUUGAAAAUUAUUGUUCCCACCUCUUACUUCAACAUGAUGUGUGGUCUCUGCGGCAAUUUUGAUGGGGAUCCAAACAACGAUAACAUCAAACCGAAUGGAUUAGAGGCAGGAAACGUGACUGAGCUGGGCAACAGCUGGCAGACACCAGACGAUGAGGAGGAACGCUGCAAACCCCAUGUCCCUGAUGAGUUACCUUGUAAUAAAGAGGUCUUCGACAAGGUGAUCAGUACAGAUAUGUGUGGACGCAUCAAUGACACGAAAGGAGCCUUCCGAGACUGUGUUAAGGUUGUGGACCCCAAGCACUAUUUCAACAACUGUGUGUACGACAUGUGCCAGUACCAGAGUCUUGAGAAGACGCUUUGUGAUCAGCUGCAGGUUUACACAGAUGCUUGUCUGUCUGCUGGGGCCCCUGUGCACAACUGGAGAACCCCAGACUUCUGCCCUGUCCACUGCCCUGAGAACAGUCAUUACACUCUGUGUACUAGUACCUGCCCACCUGCUUGCAAUGACCUGUUCUCUCCUAUCACCUGCUCAAACCAAUGUGUUGAGGGCUGUCAGUGCGAUGAAGGAUUCAUUCUAAGUAAUAGUGAGUGCGUCCGGGCCUCUGAGUGUGGCUGCACAGAUGUGACGGGCGAGUAUAGGCUGCCUAACGAGACCUGGUACAAGAAGGGCUGCAGUGAGCAGUGCCAAUGCUUUGGAGAAAACAUCAUCAAAUGCAAGCCUGCAGGAUGCACAGCUGGAGAGAGCUGUGGGCUACAGGAUGGGGUGUACGGCUGUCAUCCUCUGGGGCAUGAAACCUGCAGUGCAUCAGGAGACCCACAUUACAUGACUUUCGAUAAGAUGGUCCACCACUUCAUGGGAACGUGCACUUACACUCUCUCUAAACUCUGCAACACCUCCUCUGGCCUGCCCUACUUCAACAUUGAGACCAGUAAUGAGCACCGGGGCAGGAAUAAGCAGGUCUCCUAUGUCAAGGAGGUUCACGUUGAAGUUCAUGGUCAUCGCAUCACCUUAAUGAAGAACCGAAGAGUUAUCGUGGAUGGGCGACGGGUCAACCCUCCCGUCUUUAUGGACAGCCUGCAGAUCCGGAUUAGUGGAGGCUAUGUCUUGCUGGAGACGGUAUUCGGCCUUUGGGUGCGCUAUGAUGGAAACCAUCACGUGGAUGUUACUGUUCCCUCUUCGUAUGCAGGACAGCUCUGUGGCCUCUGCGGAAAUUAUAACGGGAAGAAGACUGAUGACAACUUGAAGCCUGAUGGCAGUGUUGCUGAGACCACGGACAAACUGGGAGAGAGCUGGCUUGUACCUGAUAAUACUACAGGGUGCACGAACACUGGUGGGAUCAAAGACUGUGACAAGGAUAUUGAGCAGGAGGUACAACAGUCAACAAGUUGCGGCAUGAUCAAGGAUCCAACAGGCCCAUUCAAAGAGUGUCACAAUAAGGUUCCUCCAGAGAUAUAUUUUGAAAGCUGUGUGUAUGAUCAGUGUGCCUCCGAGGGGGACACAGGAAUCCUCUGCCUUGCCCUCCAGUCUUAUGCAGCUCUCUGUGCCCAAGCUGGUGUCCCUGUAACCUGGAGAAAGAAGACAUUUUGCCCUCUGAACUGCCCAGCGGGCAGUCACUACGAACCCUGCGGCAGCGCUUGCCCUGCGUCCUGCACUGAUCUGUCAUCUCCCAAUGAGUGCGCCCAUCCCUGUGUCGAGGGUUGUGUCUGCGACCGUGGUUAUGUGCUGAGCGGAGACAAGUGCGUCACGUUUGACCAAUGCGGUUGUGUGGAUUCAGAGAGGAACUACCACUUGCUGGGAGAGAACUGGAUCACAAACAGGAACUGCACAGAGCGCUGCACUUGCUCCAGCCCCAGCAACAUCACCUGCGAGCAGUGGGAGUGUGGCCCCUUAGACAGUUGUGGAGUGCUGGACGGAGUCCUGGGAUGUCAAACCACAGGCUCUGCCUCGUGCCAUGUUGCUGGGGACCCACACUAUUACACAUUUGACAACGCCAUGCACAGCUUCAUGGGUACCUGCACCUACACGCUGGUCAGCGUCUGCGACACCACCAAGGUGACUCCUUUCACCAUCAGUGCCAAGAAUGAGGAGCGAGGCCUACCUCAGGUUUCCUACCUCCGCGAGGUUCAUAUUGACAUCUAUGGUCAACGCAUCACUCUGAAAAAGAGUAGGAGGAUUCUGGUGGAUGGGAUGAGGGUUCGAACCCCAUUGUUUGGUCAGAUCAAAGGCAUCUCCAUUACAAGCAGUGGCAUUUACUCUGUAGUAGAGACUGACUUCGGCCUGGUGGUGAAGUUUGACGGAAAUCACCAUUUGGAGAUCAAGAUUCCCAGCACCUACUUUGGGAAGGUGUGUGGAAUGUGUGGUAACUACAACCGCAAUUUGACAGAUGAACUCCUGAUGCCCAACGGGAAGCUGGCGAACAACGUCACCCACUUCGGCAACAGUUGGAAAGCGGCAGGAGAUGAUGACCCUGGGUGCCAGCCUGACAAUCGAGACAAUCUGUCUGCCAGCUGCUUGCCACACAUCCUGCCCAAGGUGGAGGCUCUCUGCCAAGAGCUGCUAACGGAUAAGUACCGCGGCUGCCACCACCUUGCCAAUCCAAAGCCAUUCGUCCUCAACUGCGUGUACGACAUGUGUGAGUAUGACAGCAUGAUCUCCUCACUCUGUGACAACAUCCACUCUUAUAUCGAGGUGUGUAAGAGCGAGAGCAUCGACAUCAAGUGGAGGAACAGCACCUUCUGCCCUCUGGCAUGCCCGCCCAACAGCCAUUACGUGGAGUGUGCCACACCCUGUCCAGCAACGUGUGUCGACAUCUACGCACCUUCCAAAUGCGAAACUCCUGCGGCCUGUGUGGAAGGGUGUGAAUGCAACCGGGGCUUUGUGCAGAGCGACAACGCCUGCAUAAAUCUAACCAACUGCGGCUGCCUCGACGCAAACGACAGCUAUCACACAGUCGGGGACUCCUGGCUGAACACUGACUGCAAGAGCAAGUGCACUUGUGUGGAGAGUGGAGUUUACCUGUGCGAAGAGUUCAAGUGCCAGCAGGAAACAAUUUGUGCUGUGGACAAUGGCAUCCGCCACUGCAAGCCUGAGAAGUACAACUCCUGCCACAUUGCUGGCGACCCCCACUACAGGACCUUCGAUGGCUUCAGACACCAUUACCAGGGUCGGCACACGUACACUCUGAGUAAGACUAUCAGCUCAGACAACCUGGAACCCUUCAACAUCUCAGGCAAGAACAAGCGGGGGACCUUCCACCGCCAGGUCUCCUUCCUGGAGGCAGUGUUUGUCGAUGUCUAUGGGCAUUCUGUCAUCCUGAUGAAGCACAGGCAACUCGUGGUGGAUGGUAUCAAGAUCAUCCCACCGUACGAGCCAAAAGAGGGGCUUAGGAUUUACCAGAGGUCCUCGACGAUCUAUCUGGAGACUGACUUUGGACUAACAGUGAACUUUGAUGGCCGCAGUAGUGCAGUUAUCACUAUCCCGAGUACGUACAAAAACCAUGUGCGCGGUCUCUGCGGGAACUACGACGGUCGGAGGAAAAACGAGUUUAUGAAACCUGAUGGGACAGUGGUCCGAAAUGUCAACGCCUUCGGUAACAGUUGGCGAGUAAAGCCAGAAAGAAGACACAGCAUUGAGUCUCAGGCACUGGGGCGGCAGAAGCGUGAACUGGGCGAUCUGGACUCGGGUUUUACCACCAGUGCCUGCUCCUCCCAGCAGCUCUCCACCAUGAGCAAUGCCAACCACUGUGGAGCCCUGUCCAAUCCAGAGGGACCAUUCAAAGACUGCCAUUCUACCGUGGACCCCACUGGCUACCAGCAGAACUGCUUGUUUGAUCUGUGUGCUUUCUACAACAUCACCGAACUGCUGUGCGUUAACUUUGAGGCCUAUUCGGUGAACUGCCAGGAGCAGGGAGUUCGACUCACCAAAUGGAGACAACAGACUGGGUGCAGUAUGAAGUGCCCUCCAAAGAGUACGUACAAGCCCUGCAUGACCACAUGUCCGUCUACCUGUGCUGAUCUCUCUGCUCCCUCCAAAUGCUCCUUGCCCUGCCUGGAAGGGUGUGAGUGUGAUCGGGGCUUUGUACUCAGCGGCUCCGAGUGCGUGCCAUUCAAUGAGUGCGGCUGCACCUUCCACAACAAAUAUUACAAGCUGCAGGAACACUUCCUCCUGGGUGAUUGCCAACAGGACUGCGUCUGUGGCAACACACAGACUGUCCAGUGUGAACCCACACAGUGCGUAACAGACCAAGUAUGCACCGUCUACAACUUCACAUUUGGCUGCUUCAAAGAUGGGCCAUGCCUAGCCUACCCCUGUCAGAAUGGAGGAACUUGUGUCCCCUCGGGAAAGAGCUACACGUGCACGUGUGAACCUGGAUUCACCGGCAGGAACUGCGAGACAGAGCAAGAGGAGAUCACUGUUCAGCCAGACUAUGACCCUCAAGUGAUCCUCAUUGCCGUUCUUGUCCCACUGGCCUUGCUGCUCAUCGUUGUCAUCGGACUGGGAGUCUACUGCUGCAGCUACAGGAAACAGAAAAUACCGUACAAGAACAACUUGAACAGUGGAGAAAAUGAGGAGGCUCAUGAUGGUGCCAUGGCACUGACCAAGUUCUAGCUACAAGCAAUGUGCCCAGGCCACUUACCAACUGCCCAUCAACCACCCCUGCUGGCAGGAGUCAUUUCCCUUUUCUGCCUUGCACCCUGUGCUGUCAUUCCCACCACCCAUCUAUGUGGUUCGCACUCAGGUGUCACUGAACUUACGCCACUAUUUGCCGGCUCAGACUCUUUCCAUUGCUUCCGCUCCCGUUGCUGCUAGACCUCCACCAGUCCCGAUCAUUUCAUUGGAGUGCCGUUCUGAGCACGUCCAUGGACAUUGUUCAAGACACAAGGCUAAAAUGACCAUCUAGAGGAAAUAGUUCAAUUUAAUUCUCACUUUUUUCACCCACAAGCAGUUUGAAUCACUACGCUGUCUGAACAUUAGAAAGGCUGUUCCAAAGCCUUACUCUGUCCCAACCUUGGCUUUCAGUAUCUCACUACUUCCCUGGACCAGUUUCACUUGUUACAUUCAACUGUGGCAGAAAGUAGAUAGUGAUAAAAAACCAGGGGAAGGGGAAAACAGACAGAGAUGGACAGAGGAAGGGAUAAACGGGGAGAGAGAAAAGGAGAAACAGAGAGAAGAAAAGCCAAAAAUGUCCAAACAGAUCAUCAGAGAUGUAUUCUAAGAUGCAAACAACUAAAGAGAAAAUGAACAGUGAUAAGAAGUGGAAGAGAGUCAAAUAUGUGUCAGUAAGUCAGAACUGAGAAUCAGUGAGAAAGAUCCCUAAAGAAACAGGCAGAUCUGGAAGGGAAGACAGGGUGAGACAAUGUUCAUGGCUCAUGGCGGAGAUGAUUGAAAGGGGCUAAUUUUGCUUUUGGGGCUAAUUUUCCUAUGAUAUUGCUACCAGAGAGAGAAGGAGUUUACAGACAGCUAAGCUAGUGCAGAGAGGCUGUAAAGCAUCCAAGCAGGUGGGAGGUGUAAGGCACCAGAAAUGAGGUGAACCGCUUUUUCCUCCUGUCUUCAAAAACCAACCAGUUCCCAACGAUUCACCACUACUCAUGGUUAGCAAGGAGCAGCAGUGAUAACAGCAAGGUGUGUGUAUCCCACAAGGAAACUAUGGAUUCUAGUUAUGGAACUAUCAUUGUAUCUGUGAUAUCCUGUGUUAAUUCCCUUCCCAAUGCUUUUUUGUUUUUGACAUAAAAUAAAAUAUGUUUUUGCUGAAGACUUUGUGUUGGU